UGCGCACCCGUGUGUGUGUGGUGGGGGUGUGCACAAGCGUGCCUGGCCCCGUGGGACAGCGUGUGCACAGGGGUUGUGCGUGCCCACCUGCCAGGGCACACGCGUGUGCAGCGCAUGUGUGUCCCCCAGCAUGUGCCACGCGGACAGUGGCACCAGGGGACAGCCCCGGCCGGCGCCUCCUUGGCCACCCCUGGGGACUGACCCCACCCUGGGGGGCUCCCCCCCAACUCACACCCCCAGUGUUCCCAAUGUCCCUUUCCUCUGUGUCCCCCAUGUCUCCCCGGCCCCCCUGACCCCCCGAUCCCAGUGUCCUCCCUGCCCGCAGGGUCCCCCGUGUUCCCAGCGUCCCGUCCCCAGCCCAGUGGCCGCAGGGUCCCCAGCCCACCUGGGACUGAUCCUGCUCAUGGUGAUGGCACCCGCUGUCCCCAGGGUACUGGAGGGGACACUGGGAUUGGGGGGGGGGGAUGUCAGGGGGAACGCCGGCUGUGUCCCUUGCCGUCCCCCCCCAUUGCCACCCCGGCAGGGACAAGCUUUUGCCGUGUCAGCACGCGGGUGACGGCAGCACCCAGAGCCUUCCCCGCAUUGUGUCCCCGACAAUGGCACAGCCACGUGUCCCCACGGCCUCGACACCCCCCCCUGCCGCCCAGGGCCCCUGUCCCCAUCCCAGAGGGACAGAGGGACAGAGGCACAGGCGGCCAUGGGGCACACGGCUGGCGGGUGCUGAAGGCAGGUGAGUGGCCGGGGGUGGGUGCCCGGGAGGGGUCUGUCCCCCAUUCCCCACCCUCCUCCCGGGGGUGCCACCCCUGGGUCCCCUGUGAUGUCCCCCGGAGAUGCUCCUGGUGUCCCCCAAGGUGCCACCCCCGAGUGCCCAAUGUCCCCAGAGGUGCCGCCCCCGGGUACCCCCAUAUCCUUAAGAUGCCACUCUGGCUUCCACUGACAGCCCCUGCAGGUGUCCCCGUGGGUGUCCCCUGUGUCCCCUGGAAAUGCACCCCCCCCGGGUACACCCCUCCCCUAGAGAUGUCCCUACAAUUGUCCCCUGUGUUCUCUGGAGGUGCCCCCCCCCCCCCCCCGCAUACCCCCAUGUCCCCCAGAGAUGUCCCCAUGAGUGCCUGUUGUGUCCCCUGGAGAUGCCACCCCCAGGUAUCCCCAUGUUCCCUGCAGAUGUUCCCACGAUUUUCCCCUGCGUCCCCUGGAGAUGUCCCCCCCCUCGGGUACACCCCCCCCAGAGAUGUCCCUACAAUUGUCCCCUGCAGAUGCCACCCCCAGGUACCCCCUUAUCCUUGAGAUGCCACCCUGGCUUCUACUGACAGCCCCUGCAGGUGUCCCCAUGGGUGUCCCCAGCAUCCCCUGAAGAUGCCCCCCCCCGGCUACCCCCCUGUCCCCUGCAGAUGUCCCCACAAUUGUCCCCAGUGUCCCCUGGAGAUGCCACCGCCAGGUACCCCCAUGUCCCCCAGAGAUGUCCCUGAGUGUCCCCUGUGUCCCCUGGAGAUGUCACCCCUCAGAGUACAUCCCCCCCCAGGAGAUGUCCCUACAAUUGUCCCCUGCGUCCCCUGGAGAUGGCCCCCCAUGUGCCCCAGAAAUAUCCCCAUGGGUGCCCCUUGUGUCCCCUGGAGAUGCCACGCCCGGGUACACCCCCCCCAAGAUGUCCCUACAAUUGUCCCCUGCAGAUGCCACGCCCAGGUACCCCCAUAUCCUUGAGAUGCCACCCUGGCUUCCACUGACAGCCCCUGCAGGUGUCCCCAUGGGUGUCCCCAGGGUCCCCUGAAGACGCCCCCCCCCCCCCCCCCCCGGGUACCCCCCGUCCCCUGCAGAUGUCCCCACAAUUGUCCCCUGCAUCCCCUGGAGAUGCCCCCUCCGGGUACCCCCUUGUCCCCCAGAGAUGUCCCCACGAUUGUCCCCCGUGUCCCCUGGUGCUGCCUCCACCCCCCCCCCCGGGGGUGGCAGCAGCCCCCACAGCCCCUCCCUGGCGCAGGGGGAUGCCGGCAGGCGGGGGGCUGCUCUGCGGGGCCAGCGGCCUGGCCCUGCUCCUGGCCGCCACCGCCACCCACUUCUGGCUGCAGCGCCGGGCGCCCGGUGGCACCGCCAGCCUCGGGCUGUGGCGAACCUGCCUCGGGGGGCACUGCCGCCCCCACCCCGGCACCCCGGCCUUAUGGGAGGCCACACGGGUGCUGAUGCUGCUCUCGGUGCUCACUGCCACUGCCGGCCUCGCUCUGGGGCUCUCCAUCGUGGCCAGUGCUGCCAGGCGGGCGCGUGCCCGCAUGGCCGGUGUCACCCUGCUCCUGGCUGGUCUGCUGGCACUGCUGGGGCUGGGGGUGUACACGGCUGGCACGCUGAGCCUCCUGGGGCCGGCCCGCACCGCCUGGCGCUUCUCCUGGUCCUACAUCCUGGGCUGGGUCGCCGUCGUCCUCAUUAGCUCAGCAGGGCUUUUCCACCUCUGUGCCGCUGCCAAGGACCCGUCUCCAGAGAGCUCUGAAGUGGUGGGUGCCUGAGGGCCCCCAGCCGCCUUGGGGGGGUCCCCGCUCCCGCCCUCGCCCUCCUCCCCACAGGAGUCGGCUGGGUGCACCCUGGGAUGCGGGUCACUGCUGUGCUGAGUUGUGUCCUGUCACUGCUGUGCUGAGUUGUGCCUGGUCACUGCAGGGCUGAGCUCCCCCUGCUCUCCCACCCCCUCCCCCCCCCCUCUGUUUUGCCCCCUCCCCCCCGACUCUUGCUGUGCCAAUAAACUGCCA